AUGAUGUUCACCAAGACCAUUACUGCCAUCGCCUCUCUCGGCGCUCUGGCUUCGGCUCUUCCUGCUACCAUGCAACGCCGCGACGACAGCGCCGCUGGUGGUGUCGACAUCAUCAACAACAUGAACUCGACCGUCUACCUGUGGUCCGUCAGCAACACAGCCGAUUCUCCAAUGGUUACUCUCGCCCCCGGUGAGCAAUACUCCGAAGAAUGGCGCCUCAACCCUAAUGGUGGCGGCAUCUCUAUCAAGAUGUCCACCGCUCCGGACCACACUGAUAUCUUGCAAUACGAGUACACCCUCUCUGAUCCCACUAUCUUCUGGGAUCUUUCCUGCAUUGACAUGGCCGACAACUCUCCUUUCACCGCUGCCGGUUUCGCUGUUACCAACAAUAACACCGACAUCUGCCCUUCGGCCACUUGCAAGCCCGGCGACACCGCCUGCAAUGAAGCUUAUCUCAUCCCUACUGAUGACCACGCCACUCACGGUUGCCCUCAUACCGUGCGCAUGACAUUGAACCUUGGCCCUUCCCUCGCCGAGUAA